AUUUACCUUCUCUCUCUCUCUCUCUCUCUUUAUAAUUUACCUUUCUCUCUUUAUCCACAAGCAUCAACGAUCCUCUAUCUCCCUCUUUAUCAGUAAGCUAUUCAUCAAAUUCUUUCUUCUUGAACAGUUAUGGAACAAGCUAAUGAAAAUUCAAGAUUGACUUGGAGAUUGGAGGUAGUAAAAACAUUUUUAGAAACUUGUAUUCAAGAAGUGUCAUUGAAUGGGAGACAAGGAAGUAGUUUGAAGCCAGAUUCAUGGAACAAGGUUAAGGUUGUUCUGCAAACUUCUCAUGACUUUAUAGUCACACAAAAGAAGAUGAAGAACCAUUAUGAUUAUCUAAAAGAAAAAUGUCAAGCUUGGUUGCCAAUAACUAAAAAGACUUGUAAUAUUUAUGAUCCAGCAACCAAUACCAUUCGAAUGUCUAAUGAGGAGUGGGAUGAGUACAUAAAGGCUCAUCCAAAAGCCAAGACAUUGAGGAGUGCACCUCUACCCUUUCCGGAACUUUGUACAACAUUAUUUGAGGGUUCUACUGCAACAGGCAUUCAUGGUUGGAGUCCAAGUUGUACAACUCCGCGGCCCGGUGCCUCUUCUGUAGCUACUAAUAUAGACAUAGAUUCACUUGAUGACAUUGAGGAUCUACUUGGUGACCAAAAUGAUGGAGCUUCUAAAGAUUUUCCAUCUCAAUCUUCAAUUCCAAUUGAAAAAAAGAAUUUGGGAAAGAAAAGAAAAAACGCAUCGUCCCGAUUAGAAAUUGAUGAGAAGAUGAGUGCUGCAUUGGAGUUACUGAUUAACAAAAACAACGGGCCUGAUGUUGAAGAAUGUAUAGAAAAACUAGACAAGGUUGGAUGGGAAGAGCCAUUGUACUCUGCAGCUCUUAGUAUAUUUUGUGAAGGUGAUAGCUACACAAAAACAUGGAUGAAACUGAGAGGGGUCGAUAAAUUAGAGAAUUAUGUCAGAACCAUGGGGAACAAAUUGGGAAUUCUUUAAUUUUUCUAAUUAGCUAGUAUCUAUGUUAGAUGAAGAUUUUAUGGAAUCUAGUUUUUUUUUUUUUUUUUUUUAAAUUAUAACCUCUGGAACUUUGUGGUAAUAUAUUAUGCUUAUGGAACGUAUUUUAUUGGUGAAAAAUGCUACUUGUAUGUCUUGUUAUGCUUGAUGAGUAUAGAAUAAUUUUUUAUAACCAUUGUAUUGGCAAAGAAAUCGUUAUAGACUCAAGUAUGAUAUAAGAAUUAGAGAUUUAACAUCAUCUUUAUCUGGUCAAAAGUAUACAUUAGAACUAUUAUCUGGCUCUAAUCGACAAUGUAUAGAAUUGAUGCGCAUGUCACGUGAUGCAUAUGUUCGGCUAUGUCAACAUUUUAGACAUAAUGGAUGGCUCAUAGAUAGCAAACAUAUAUCCGUCGAAGAGAAGAUAGCAAUAUUCUUAACUAUUAUAGGACAUAACGAGCGUUACGUCGUAAUCAAGAGAAGAUUUCAACAUUCUUUGCAGACAAUUCACAAAUAUUUUCACGAGGUUCUUGAGGCAAUGACGAAUUUUGCAAAAGAUAUGAUAGCACCUACAACAUUUGAUUCGAAUAUGAAUAUUCCUGGUGCUCAUAACAAGUUACGAAGAAUUUUUAAGGGAGCAAUAGGUGCACUAGACGGGACAUUAGUACAUGCUGUUGUUCCUGCUAAUCAACAAAUUGUUUACAGAGGAAGGGGAAAAGGUAAAUGCUAUCAGAAUGUUCUGGCAAUAUGUGACUUCAAUAUGGUCUUCACUUAUGUUUAUGCUGGAUGGGAAGGGGUAGCACAUGAUGCACGCGUUCUAACUGAGAUUGCAUCUAAUCCAGAUAAUGGCUUUCCAUUUCCUCCACCUAGAAGGAGCGCAUCAAUGAUGACUUGUUUAAUCAUUUUGAUACGCCUCAAGUGAUAUUUGAUGAAGAAGGACAACAAGAAGAAGCAUUGGAUGAAACAAAUGGACCUAGUUGGACAGUUGAAGAUUCUCAGAUAAUGACCGAUAUGAGGGAGCAACUUGCACUCAAACUAAUGCAAAGAAGAUGAAAUACUUGAGAGUUCUAUAUUUUAGUUAUUUGAAUUUUUUUCCAGUGUUGGAGUGUUACAAUUUGAUGAUUGUUAGUUAAUUAUUCAAAUACUCUAAUAUUUAUGUGUCUAUAUCAUAACUGUAUUUGAGAUAUUGUUUUACUUUGUUGGAUAGGUUUGAUUUAUAGA